UCUCGACGUCUCUGUUGGGAAAGGGCUGGCUGGAGACAGACCAGACUGAAGCCUCUCCGGUUAUCUGGCUCAUGAAGAGAAUCAAUAGCUGACACAGAACAGACUCUCACUGGACUCGAGGAGAUGAGAGGGUGUAUUCGACCUGAACAGGAUCCUUAACCUCUGUUUCCUCCUCAAUUUAAAAACCAUCUGACCUAAAAAGGAGCUUUUCUUCCUCCUCGUUAAACUCCUGAGAUCUGCUGUGUGUCUGUGUGUGUUUGGUCAUACCAGUGGGUUUUAUGAAGGAUGCUUCAGCCUCAGGUUUAUUUAUUCUGAUGAUUUUUUAUCAGAUCUAGUUUGGAUUAUUCAUCAUCUGAGCGGAACUGCCUUUUUGGGGGAUUAACAACCGUUUGGAGGAACCUUUACGCACAGCCUUUGCGCAUUUGGAUGACUCCGCAAAUCCUGACUGCCAAGCCCGUUAUGCGCACUGUUCCAGGCAAUAUCCCGGGUCGCACACUAUAAACCCAGCCUGUCUGAUUUCCCGAGCGAAUCGUCGGUAUCACGUCUCACUUCUUGGCUGUGCCCCGUAAUAGCAACACGGAUAUCGCUUAACACAUUUUUUCGCAGACUGACACUGGUGCGCUCCCAAACGGGGGGGUGUUGGUGUCGCGAUUAAUAUCUUCUCCAUUUGUACCAAGGAGUUUCUCAACUCUGGACGACGAUAUAUUGUGAGACAUCAUCUGAAAUGCUGCCUCUGUCGCCUCUGCUGCUCCUAUUCCUCCCCGCUGCGAUCUUCGUGGCCGCGCAAGGCGCCGGGGACCUGCAGGGUUUCAGCCUCCCCGGCGGGAGCGCAGGCUUCGACCCCACAGACCCCUGCAUGGGGAUGACCCCGCCGUGUAUGAGCGAGGCCGAUCGCUACAGCCUGGAGGCCCUGCGGAUCGUACAUCACAUGAUGGAUGAUGACCAGGACGGAGGAAUCGAGGUGGAGGAGAGUGUCGAGUUCAUCAUCGAAGACAUGAAGCAGCAGCAGACCAACAAACACAGCAACCUGCACAGAGAGGACCAACACAUCACGGUUGAGGAGCUCUGGAGGGGCUGGAAGUCAUCUGAAGUACACAACUGGACUCAAGAUGAGGUGCUUCGCUGGCUGAAGGACUUCGUUGAGCUGCCGCAGUAUGAGAGAAACUUUAAAGACUUCAAGGUCAAUGGAAACACACUCCCCAGGAUCGCUGCUAAUGAGCCUUCAUUCCUGAGCGUCCAGCUGAGAGUCCUGGACCAGAGGGACAAACAGAAGCUCAACAUCAAAGCUCUGGACGUGGUGCUGUUCGGACCGCCUGCACGUCCUCAUAAUUACAUGAAGGACCUGGUGCUCAUUGUGUCGGUGGUGAUGGGAGUUGGAGGCUGCUGGUUUGCUCAGUCCCAGAACAAAGCCAGUAAAGUCCACAUAACCAAGAUGAUGAAAGAUUUGGAUAGUCUUCAGAGGGCUGAGCAGAGCCUCACAGACUUACAGGAACAGCUGGAGCGAGCCCAAGAAGAGAAGCGUAAUGUUGCGGAGGAGAAACAGAACCUGGAGGAGAAGAUGAGGGAUGAGAUCAUGGGAGCACAGGAGGAGGCUUAUCGUCUGCAUGAGCUGAGGCAGGGUGCUGUCACUGAGCUCAGCCGCCUGCGCUAUGCAGAGGAAGAGCUGGAACAGGUCCGUGGGGCACUGAAGCAGGCGGAGAAGGACAUGCAUGCAAGCUGGAGUGUCUCAGAGCUUCUGCAGCAGUGGCUCCAGCUAACGCAUGAAGUAGAGGUCCAGUACUACAAUGUCAAGAAGCAGAGUGCCGAACAGCAACUUUCCGUCGCCAAGGAAGAGGCGGAGAAGAUUAAGAAGAAGAGGAGUUCACUGCUUGGGACUCUCCAUGUGGCCCACAGCUCCUCUUUAGAUCAGGUCGACCACAAGAUCCUGCAAGCAAAGAACGCCUUGUUUGAAGUAACAGCCUGCCUGCGGGAGCGACUCCAUCGCUGGCAGCAGAUUGAGCGCCUCUGCGGCUUUUCCAUAAUCAGGAAUUCUGGUCUUGCAAACCUCACUGCUCAGCUCUACUCAGACUCAAUUGCCCUGGGUAUGCCCCGAGUGCCUCAGCCACCUUGUUCAUGCCAUAGCUCUGUACAUGGAUCUUUAGAGGAUCUGUUAGAAGAGUCUCCGAUCUUACCACAGAUGACAGUUGCACCACUGAAGCGCUCUCCUCGAACACAGGGAUCUACCAUGUGUCGGCCACGUCGCCCUGGGGUCAUUACUCAGCCACCGACUGCCAUGAACUCCCCAGACCCUGACAUUCUCAUCCCCAUCCGAGCUCCUUACCCUCGCUUUGAUGAGGAAGAAAGCCUUCUCCGGAAAACGAUCAAGAAACAAAACUCCCAGGAGAAGUACUCAGAAACAGACUACAUGAUUUCUCCUCCUCUCAGCAAAAUGUACCAUAAUCCCAUUGUUGAUGCUUCCUCUCAAAGGCUUUACCAUGAUGAAACUGAGCUACUUGCAGAUGCCUCACUUUCAAAGACUUUGAGUAGAGAAGUAGAGGUUGUUGCUCCAGUUCGUAAAGUUUCCACAGAAGAGCUUGAGGUAGAUGUUGUCUGCAGGAAGUUGGGGAAAGACAAAAUGCUGAAUUCGUCUUUGGAAUCUUUGAAGAUGUCUAAAGAAGAGUCUUCAAAAGAUAUUCCAUCCUGGAAAGUAGAGAGAGAUACAAUAGGGGAUUUAAUUGACCCUUCUUCAAGGAAUAUAUACAGAGAAAUAAGUGAUCUACCAAUGGAUGUUAGAAAGAUCAUUUUGAAUGAAUUAGAAGCAUCACCAGAUAAACAGCCACCGAGGAGGAUAUCCAGAGAUAUGAUGGGGGCUUCCUUUGACAGCAGCUUGAGAAAGAUAACACAAGAUGAUGCUGAGCAUCCGUUUGACUUAGUACCCAGAAGAGUGAACAGAAGUUCAAUGUGUAUUUCCCUAGACACAGGUUCAAGAAAACUUCUGUUGAAUAAAGGAGAAUGUCAGCUUGAUUCCUCAGUGAGGGCAUUAGCAAUGGACAAAAUGGCCGAGACAACUAGAGCAUCACAAAGGAUCUCACGAGAUGAGUUUGAGCAUUGUACAGAUCUUGCUUCCCAAAAGAUGCUACCCAGAGAGAAAUCGAAUUCCCUUCUGGAUACCUCGUCCUCUGCAGAGAAGCAAGACUUUGGUUUAGAACCAGCAAACCGGAGGAUGCUGAGAGAUGAACCUGAGCUGUCUGCUGGUUCUCUCAGACAGAGAAUACCAAGAAUGGCAAGAGAUGACACAGACAGUUUGGUUGAAAAUCCCGCGGGGAAAAUCAGGGAUAGAGUCGAUGUCCUAGUAGACACACUUAAACACUCCAUCCUGAAGGAGGAGUUCGGAGCCUCUGAAUCAAGUUCAUCUUCAGGUAGAUUGGGACAGCCAGACCUUAUGUUAACCUCCCAGGGGUCGUGGACAUCAUCAGAUCUUUUCAACGCUGGUCCGUUGAGCCAGCUCGUGUAUGAUGGAAUCCUUGAGAAGUCCUGCACCUCCCCAACUUCUCCUCAGGCCAGGCUGCCAGCAGACAUGGAGCCCCCUACGCCACCACCAAGGGCCGCCAUUCCAUCUCUCAGUUCCCCUUCUGAGACUGGUGAAGAAAAGAUCAAGGAUAAAGAAAAGAGCAAGAAGUCCCUCAAGCUCAAAAGUCUUUUUAAAAAGAAAAGUGAUUCAACAACAGAGAAGCCUCAAAGUGGUCUUCAGAAACUCUGACAAUCAGCCGAGAGUAUUUUUUUUCCGUUUUCUUGAAUAAUAAAAUGGCGUUUUUUGGAUCUCAUGGAAGAAUCAGGUAGCACUUCAAGAAAGGACAAUUUUACCUCAAGAAGUCAGUCGUGUCUGGAACAUUAAAUAUGAUGUUUUCAUUCUCUGAGUUUGGCGGCACUGAGAGAAUCUUGGUACACGCAUGAUGCCUAAGAAGAUACAGUACAAUUGGUAACAUAGGACAGCUGCAUAUGUAUCAAUAGGACACUGCAAAAGCUUUUCACGUGACUUACUUAUAUUUAAAGAUGAUAUCUCUGAUUAAGUUUUAUUUACACAUAUGGUUGAUACCAUAAGUUGAAUGUAAAUUUGUUUUGAUGCUUUGCCUAUGGCUAAAGGAUUAAAUGUUACAUGCUGCUUUUCUGUAUAACAGAGGUAUGAACGGAGACACUUGAUGCAGUACAAGAUGAAAGCAUUUUUUUUGAGAGAACAGUUGUUAAAUUAAGGGAGGUCUCGAUAAGUUCCCCCCCUUGGAACUCAAUUUAUAUUCUAUGAUAUAACGAAUGAAAGGGAGUGUGGUCCUACAGUUUGCUUCAUUUUCCCUCCAGCUGCUUGGUGAACACGUCCCACGUAGGCAGUUUGAAGGCCCCAAAUAACCUAUUUUGUCAAUUCGUUUUUGUAAUACGACAGUUUUGAUAAUAUCGCAUGAAAGAUUUUUUUUUGUAUUGUUUUUUACGCUGUCUCCUAUAAAUAACCUUACGAAUAAACUAGGACAAAAAAGUAAUUAUGACCAGAUUUUUUUUUCUAAUGCAGUAAGGAUAAAUUGUUAAUCAACAUUUAUUGGAGGGUAACACUCUUCAUACCAGUAAAGUGUACAAUGUACCAUUUUUUGGUUUCUGGUAGUCACAGCUCUUGGUUUCUGGUAACACUAAAGGCAGUAAUCGUUUUGUACACCUCUCUAGAAGUGGGAGCCUUGGGCAGAAACACAAACACUUGGAAACAACAGUCAUGGCGGGGGGUGGGUUGGGGGGGGAGUAGUUGUUGCUGUUGCUGCAAGACCGAAGCAAUAUUGACUUCAACGACCCCAAGUUAGAGCAGGACUGGAGGUUAUUAAGUCGUUUUCAUUCAUCUAGACUGGAGUGUUACAUUGUUGGCAUAUAGGUCAUGGUUUGUGUUAAGCUAAUUUUAGCUCUCUGUCACUGUCAAUAUCCAACAUCUCCCUUUACAAUCUGAAAGAUAUAUCUGACACAUGGCGGCUGUUGACAGCAGACUAUCAUGCACCAAUCAGGUAUAGGAACAUUUUAAAUCAAUCUGAUUUAUUGUACGGCUGUUUGACGACCACACACUACUGCGGAGGCAGAUAAGCCAAGUAGUUGUUUGCUUUAAACUUUUAGUCUUGCUUUUUUUCCCUUUUAUUUGAUUGUUGUUUGCUAUUGACCAGCGCGUCAGCAGGACAGACAUUUGUGUUUGGGGCUGUAGGGCAGGCCCUGCUGUUGUGGUCCAGCUAAAAACAAAAGAAAAGGGCCAUGAUUCUGAUCACCAGCUGAAAUAGACAUCAACACCAUUGGUAUUACCUUGUGACCUGGAGCACAUGCUUUCAGGACGGAAACUGCUGGUCGCUGUGUAUAUUUUUAUUUUUUGCACUCUACUACUCACUCGCAGCAGCUCUCCUAGUCACAGCGUUCUAGUUGCGUUUUCAUGAUGUGCAAUGGGUUAUUUUUGACAGCUGGUGUAUCUCUAACAAUCUAAUAGCCUACAAGGUUGCAGAUAAAUCAGGGUUUACAAAGCUAAUAUUGACCCAGUUUGGAAUCAAUCAAGUUUCUUUUUUAAAUGUGCAUAAUUCUGAAGAGCAGUUUACUUCCCAAAACAGUAAAGCUGUUUUUUUCUUCUCUUUUUUUAAACAAGUGCAUUUAGAUGCAUAUUUGAAUGCGUGAUUUGUUUAUGGAUUAUUUAUGUUUCUUUUAUUGUUUACAGACAUAAAUACACUAGCCUAUUAUGACCUUUUAAAUCAAUUUACUGAAAAAAAAGCCUUUGAUUGAUUUAAAAAUGAUUAUUGGAAUAUGUUUUGUGUCUUUUCUUACUUUGAAUAAGUGUCGAGUAUCGGGGAUAUAUAAAUACAAUAUUUUCCCUAUUCUUAGGUGAGGAUAUCUGCCGUUUGCUGCUGUGUAUUAGUAUGAAAAUAAGAUUUAUUGGACUUUUGUUAUUUGCUGAUUUAAUAGCAACUGAUGAUUGAGAAAAUAAACAAGGUGAAAUAAAGCAAUGUUGUUCACUCAUAUGUACAAUAAAAACAACCAAAACAUCA